AUUUGAACGCGCGCGUGUGAACGUACCAUAACAAUAACAUAAUUGCUAGUAUUAAAAACAGCAAUGUAUUUUUUAAGACAUCUGUGCAAUUUGUUGAAAUAAAACUACUGGCAACAUUUACAUGUUCUUUCAAAAGUGACCGUCUGAGAGAUUGACGGGACGUAACCAUGGGUCGUGUGAUUCGUGCUCAGCGUAAAGGUGCCGGUUCAGUGUUCGUUUCGCACACGAAGAAAAGGAAAGGAGCGCCUAAACUUCGUUCCUUGGACUAUGCUGAACGUCAUGGCUACAUUAAGGGAGUUGUGAAGGACAUCAUCCACGACCCCGGCCGUGGUGCCCCUCUGGCAGUUGUUCACUUCCGUGACCCAUACAAGUUCAAGACCCGCAAGGAAUUGUUCAUUGCCCCCGAGGGUCUCUACACUGGCCAGUUUGUUUACUGCGGCAAGAAAGCUACCCUUGAAGUUGGAAAUGUUAUGCCUGUGGGUGCUAUGCCUGAGGGUACCAUUGUAUGCAACUUAGAAGAGAAAAUGGGUGACCGAGGUCGGCUGGCUCGUGCCUCUGGAAACUUUGCCACUGUUAUCGGCCACAAUCCUGAUGCCAAGCGUACCAGGGUAAAGCUGCCCUCUGGAGCCAAGAAAGUCCUGCCAUCCAGCAACAGAGGCAUGGUUGGUAUUGUUGCUGGCGGUGGUCGUAUUGACAAGCCCAUCUUGAAGGCUGGACGUGCAUACCACAAGUACAAGGUGAAGCGUAACUGCUGGCCAUAUGUACGUGGUGUGGCCAUGAACCCCGUUGAGCAUCCUCACGGUGGUGGUAACCAUCAACACAUUGGUAAGGCUUCGACUGUCAAGCGAGGAACAUCCGCCGGUCGCAAGGUCGGUCUUAUUGCUGCCCGCAGAACUGGAAGAAUCCGUGGUGGCAAGACCGACACCAAGAAGGAGACAUAGACAUAUUUUUAUGCAAAAUAAAUAUAAUAAGCCCAA